AUGGCGCCACCUCGUUACAUUCAGCUCCCAGAGGGGCUCAAGCCCGCCGGCGUGCCCGGCAGCGAGCUGCUCGCCUACGAACGCUCCAAGGCCUCCUUCGACUCCAAGGCCAUGGCCGAGUACAUCCACGGCAAGGACUUCCUCGAGCUCCAGGAGCGUCUCGUAAACCUGCUCAGCAACGACCCCAUUUUUGACAAGACCUCGGACCACUACUACGGCCGCGCCGACAAGUUCCGCCGUGCCAUGCUCAAAGACAAGCGUCUGGCCCAGCUCGCCGCAGAGCACAACUGGUCCCAGACCGAGAACGCCAUGGCUGAAAAGCUCGCUGACCUGCCAGGUCCCAUGGGCCUUCACAAGAGCAUGUUCUUGACCACCCUCUACAACCAAGGCUCCGAUGAGCAGCGCAAGGUGUUCUACGAGCCCGCUUCGAAAUACCAAAUCAUCGGCUGCUACGCCCAGACCGAGCUCGGACACGGCUCCAACGUCCAAGGGAUCGAAACUACGGCAACGUGGGUCGAAGAGUCGCAAGAGUGGGAGAUUCACAGCCCCACCUUGACUGCCAGCAAGUGGUGGAUCGGCGGCUUGGGCAGAACCGCCGACCACGCCGUUGUCAUGGCUCAGCUCAUCAUCAAGAACAAGAGCUACGGCCCUCACCCAUUCGUGGUGCCCAUCCGUGACGUGAAGACGCGCGAGAUGCUUCCUGGCCGCACCAUCGGCGACAUUGGUCCCAAGGCGGGCUACAAUACGACGGACAACGGCUUCAUGCUGUUCGAGCACGUUCGCAUCCCGCAUUUCAAUCUGCUCGCGCGUUUCUCCAAGGUCGAGCCCGAGACGGGCAAGUACCUGCCUCCACCCAACGCCAAGCUGGCCUACGGCACGCUUACCUGGGUGCGCGCCAACAUCGUGCGCGAUGCCUCGACCGUGCUGAUGCGUGCCGUCACCGUGGCCAUCCGAUACUGCGCGGUGCGAAGACAAUUUGCCGACCGCGACGCGCCCAAGUUUGGGCAGGACGGCAAGCCGCUUGAGACGCAGGUGCUGGACUACACGAUGGUGCAGAUCCGCCUGUUCCCUAUCUUGGCACAGGCGUUUGCGUUCCACUACACGUCGCGCUUCAUGUUUGAGCUGUACGAGCAAAACCAGGCCAACAUCGAGUCGGGUGAUCUGUCCUUGCUCGCCGACACGCACGCGUCGAGUUCAGGUCUCAAGUCGUUGACUACGCUGUACGCCAGCGAUGCCAUCGAGGUGUGCCGCAAGGCAUGCGGUGGACACGGCUACAGCAUGGCUUCGGGUUUGCCAGACUUUUACGCCAACUACCUGCCCAACGCGACGUGGGAGGGCGACUCGUACAUGCUCUCGCAGCAGUGCACGCGCUACCUGUUCAAGACGAUGCGUGCCAUCAAGAGCGGUCGCGGCAAGGUGGACAAGAACAUCACGACCGACUACAUGAUCCGUUACCUGGACAACAAGAGCGAAAAGGCCAGCAUCCAGUUCUCGGGCGAUCUGUACGACCCGCUCUUCUUUAUGCGUGCAUUUGGCCACCGUGCCGCGUACCUGACCGAGCAGACGCUGGCCCUGCGCGACGACCUCAAGCGAUCGUGGAACUCGCUGCUGGUUGAGCUGUUCCGUUGCUCCAAGGCACACUCGCAGUACCUGCUGGUGCGCAACUUUGGCAUGGCCAUUCUCAAGGACGAGAAGCUCAACUCGCAGCCGGCGCUGCGCCAGAUUGUGCAAAAGAUCUUUUUGCUGUGGGCGUGCCACACGAUGGAGGCCGAAUCCGCCGACUUCCUCGCUUCGGGCUACAUCACGGGCCAGCAGUUCCAUCUGCUGGGCAGCAAGGUGCAGGAGAUCAUGGCCGAGUUGCGUCCCAACGCGGUGGCCCUCGUCGACGCAUUCGCCGUGCCAGAUUACCUGCUCAAUUCGGCGCUGGGUCGAUCGGAUGGUAACGUGUACGAGGCACUAUUUGACUUUGCGCUGCGUGAGCCGAUCAACUCGGCCAAGUGGAACGUCGAUAUUGAGGACCUGGAGACGACCGACUUUGACUCGGAUCUGCCGCGUGCCAAGCUCUAG